UGGCCCGCCCUCUUUGCCAACAUGGCCGCUUCCAGGCCCUAAUGCGUGAAGCGUGCACGGCGACUGGUUGGAUCCUGUGAGCCGAAGGGAGAAGCUUGUCCGGGUCUCUGUGUACGUGUGUGCGCGAGCGCACGGGACUCGUUGGAUCCUGUGAGCGAAGGAGGAAGCUUGUCGGGGCGGGUUGAGGCGCCCGCGGAUGUCCUUCGCGAGGACGGUCCUGUGGGUAAGCCGCCCUCUCCGUCCGGCCCGCAGCCUCUGUAGAGCUCAGUAUAUGGAACGGAAGGCCCAGGAGCCUCCCUCCCCACCAGCGAUGGAGAACGGCGCACGGUCCUGCGAAGAGCAUCCACCCGCGGCCCCGGUGGCGACUGUCACCGAGGGCGCCGCCAAAAUCGUCUUUCCCAGUGCCAACGAGGUUUUCUACAAUCCGGUGCAGGAGUUCAACCGAGACCUGACGUGUGCAGUGAUCACAGAGUUCGCUCGGAUUCAUCUUGGGGCCAAGGGAAUCCAGAUCAAGGUCCCAGGAGAGAAGGACUUGCAGAAAAUAGCUGUGGACUUGUCAGCUCAAGAGGAGAAAACAGCUGGAAAGAAUGAAAGUCAGGUCCCAAGAGACCAGCCUCGGACAGCUGCAGUUGGUGAGAUCUGUGAGGAAGGCCUGCGCAUACUGGAAGGCCUGUCCGCUUCUGGUCUGCGCUCCAUCCGAUUUGCCCUGGAGAUUCCUGGCCUCCAGUCUGUGGUUGCCAAUGAUGCCUCUGCCCGGGCCGUAGAGCUGAUGCACAGAAAUGUGGCACUCAAUGGCGUGACACAUCUUGUUCAGCCCAACCAGGCAGAUGCCCGGAUGCUGAUGUACCAACACCAAAAGGCACCUGACCGGUUUGAUGUCAUUGACCUGGACCCCUAUGGCAGCCCCGCCCCCUUCCUGGAUGCAGCAGUGCAGGCUGUGAGUGAUGGAGGACUUCUGUGUAUCACCUGCACGGACAUGGCAGUAUUGGCAGGGAACAGCGGAGAGACGUGCUACAGCAAGUACGGGGCCAUGGCCCUCAAGAGCCGGGCCUGCCAUGAAAUGGCCCUGAGAAUCGUGCUUCACAGCCUGGACCUGCACGCCAACUGCUACCAGCGCUACAUCGUGCCCCUGCUCAGCAUCAGCGCCGACUUCUAUGUCCGGGUCUUCGUCCGUGUUUUCACAGGUCAGGCCAAGGUUAAGGCCUCAGCCAGCAAGCAGGCCCUGGUGUUCCAGUGUGUGGGUUGUGGCGCCUUCUACCUGCAACGCCUUGGUAAAGCAUCAGAAGACUCUGGUGGCAGGAUCAAGUUCUCUGCAGCCUGUGGUCCUCCAGUGAGCCCUGAGUGUGAGCACUGUGGACAGAGAUACCAGCUUGGGGGUCCCAUGUGGGCAGAGCCCAUCCACGACCUGGACUUCGUGGGCCGAGUUCUUGAGGCAGUGACCACUAAUCCUGGCCGCUUCCACACUUCCUUGAGGAUUGAAGGUGUCCUCAGUGUUGUUACUGAGGAACUCCCCGACGUCCCUCUCUACUACACUCUGGACCAGUUGAGCAGCACGAUCCACUGCAACACACCCCGCCUCCUGCAGCUUCGGUCAGCUCUCCUUCAUGCUGGUUUCCGAGUCUCUCUCUCCCAUGCCUGUAAGAAUGCAGUGAAGACAGACGCUCCCCCUGAUGCUCUCUGGGACAUCAUGCGUUGCUGGGAGAAGGAGUGUCCAGUGAAACGGGAGCGGCUCUCCGAAAGCAGUCCAGCAUUCCGAAUUCUUGCUGUGGAGCCCAGGCUGAAGGCCAACUUCAACAUCCGGGAAGACGCCAAUCCCAGCUCCCGCCAGCGAGGGCUCAAGCGCUUCCAGGCCAAUCCAGAAGCCAACUGGGGUCCCCGGCCCCGUGCUCGGCCAGGGGGCAAGGCAACUGAAGAUCUAGCAGAGAGGCAGAGGCUGCUACAGAAUAAGCGGAAGGAGCCAGCUGAGGACCCCGCCCAGCGGGCAGCGCGCCUCAAGACAUUUCCUUGCAAACGAUUCAAAGAGGGCACCUGUCAGCUAGGGGAGCAGUGCUGCUACUCACACAGCUCCGCAGCUCCUGAGGCCUCUGAUGACAUCCCCAGCGCAGACUGUCCGGAGACCCCCACCCAGAUCGUCCCUGAGGCAGAGGCUGCGGGUGGGCGCGUUCCUGGGUCAGGUGUAGACUGAGACAAUAAAGACAUGUAGCCUG